AUGAAAAAGUCAUUUUCCAUCUUCCCAAUUGUGGUUGCUGGUGUCUGUAUGGCAGUCUUUGUCAUGACAGCUGAUGCUAUCAAAAUCUCACACCCUAAAUUUGUUAAGGGUGCAAGUAACAUUGUUCCUGGUCAAUACAUUAUCAGUUUCAAAGAACAACAAGCUGAUUCUAGCCGAGUUUUUACUCAAUCUCUUCAAGAAAGUGUAGAUGAUCUCGAAUUAAAGGUCAAACAAACAAUCAAGCAUGCUUUCUUUAACGGUAUUUCUGUUGAUAUUGACAACACCAAUGAAGGUCUUCAUGCUUCUACUUUAAAGCAAAUCCUUGAUCGAUCUGAUGUGAAGGCUGUUUACCCUGUUAGAAAGAUUUCUCGUCCCAAGAUUGUCAAGUCCAAGAAAGGUAAAAAGAAUGUUCCUUCUGUCUUGCCCCAUGCUAUGACACAAGUUGAUCUUGUUCAUUCUAAACUCAAGAACAAGGGUAAGGGUGUCCUUGUUGGUGUCCUUGAUACAGGUGUUGAUUAUAUGCAUCCUGCAUUGGGUGGUGGUUUUGGUAAAGGCUUCAAAGUUGUCAAGGGUUACGAUUUAGUCGGUGAUGCUUACACUGGUUCAAACACUCCUAAGCCUGAUGCUGAUCCUCUCGAUAACUGUGGUGCUGGUUCUGGUGCUUCAGGUCACGGUACUCAUGUUUCUGGUAUUAUUGCUGGUUAUGAUAAGGCCACUAACUUUACCGGUGUUGCUCCUGAAGCUAACCUUGGUAUGUGGCGUGUCUUUGGUUGUAAUGGUGUCGUUACAAACGAUGUUAUCAUUAAGGCUUUGCUCAUGGCUUAUGACGCUGGCGUUGAUGUCAUUAACUUGUCCUUGGGUGAAACAAACGCUUGGGCCAUCGGUCAAGAUGCUGAAAUGGAAGUUGUUAACAAGAUUGUUGCUAAAGGUGUCAGUGUGAUCAUCUCUGCUGGUAACUCUGGUGAAACUGGCUUCUAUACUGUGGGUCAACCUAGUACUGCCAGUGGUGCUCUUUCUAUUGCUUCUAUUGACAAUGCUUACUACACUGCCAAGAACUUUAAGGCUACUGGAAUUAGCCACAACAUCUUGUACACUGCUAGUACCGAGGACACAAUUGAGAACGGGGAAAUUGUUGCUGGUGACUCUCAACCUGGUAACGGUGCUGAUGCCUGUACUGCCUCUUCUGUCUCUGCUGGUGUCAAGGGUAAGAUUGCUCUUAUUCAAAGAGGUACUUGUAGCUUCAGCGACAAGGUCAACAACGCCGCUGCUGCCGGUGCUGUUGGUGUUGUUAUCUACAACAAUGUCGAUGGUUCUUUGAGUGCUUCUACUCCUGGCGUGACUAUUCCUGUUGUUACUGUCACUUUGGCUGAUGGUCAAGAGCUUUUGACUGCUAUCAAGGCUGGUACUGUCAGUCUUACCUUUGAUAAAGCUGGUGCUGCCACACCUAUUGCUACUGCUGGUACUGUUUCUGACUUCUCUUCACUUGGUUCAUCUGCUGAGCUUUCAUUCAAGCCCAACAUUGCUGGUAUUGGUGGUAGCGUUUACUCUACUCUUCCUCGUUAUCUCGGUAGCUGGGGUGUUAUGUCUGGUACUUCUAUGGCUGCUCCUUAUGUUGCUGGUUCUAUGGCUCUUUACCUCAAUGCUCAUGGUAAGGACAAAAACUCUAUCAAGUACGUCAAUGAGCAAUUUCAAAACUACGCUCUUACUGCUCCUGUCUACCAAUCCACUACUCCUGACUCUCCCGUUCGCCAAGGUGCUGGUCUUGUACAAGUCUAUGAUGCCAUUACUCAACAAGUACACAUCUCUCCUGCUCAAAUCAGUUUCAACGAUACCGCUACUACCAAGUACAGAACUCAAACCUUCACUGUGACUAACCAUGGCUCCAAGACUGUUCAAUUCGAUCUCACAAACGAUGUUGCUACUGGUAUUUCUCCCUAUGAUGAAUCCGUGACUGGCUACACUCCUCUUGAGCCUGUAGACAAUGUCAAGGCUGCUGCUAGCUUGCGCUUCUCCAAAAAGACAUUCAAGAUUGCCCCUGGUAAAUCUCAAAAGAUCACUGUCACCGUCACUCCUCCCAACACCGAUGAUAAAGACCAUAUUUUCUACGGUGGUUUCAUCCACCUCAAGUCCAAGCAACAAAAGAGCAAUGUGGAUGUCAAGAUUCCUUAUUUUGGUGUCAAGGGUAAGCAAAACACAUUGCCUAUCUUUGAUGAAGAUUUCCCUCUUCUUAUUGAUCCCAAAUCUGCUCAAUACACUUCGGAUGAUACCUUCACUUAUGACCGCAACCAAACGGACACUUACCCUAUCCUUGUCUUGCGUUUGUUGACCCCUACUGCUCAUGUGAAGGCCGAUCUUUUGGAUACCAAGACAAACAAGGUCAUUGGUCAAUUCUUAACUGGUCUUGAUUAUCUUGGCCGUAACUUCCAAACCUCUGAACAAUACGACCAAUACGCUUGGGAUAGUACUUACGUUCCUUCUUCUAUUGCUGAUGCUCCUCUUCCUAUUCCUGUUCCUAGCGGUACUUAUAAGUUCCAAGUCAAGGCUCUCAAGUUACUUGCUGAUCCCUCUAAAGCCUCUAGUUGGGAAAACUGGACUUCUGGCCCUGUUAUUGUCAAGAAUUAA